UUCAUUGUUCCAACAACAAUUCACACGUCCACGAACGAAUCAGCGCCUCGAACGCGGUUAACAGCAGCUUGACCAACGGAAAAGACAUACGAGAUGCGACAACCAUAAAAUCAUAGAAACAACAAAUAAAAGCUGUCGCACAUGAUUUAACACAGCAACACAGUCCCUCUGGCUUUUCAGGUCCCGCCGACGCGACUGACAUUGCGACCAAACCACGAUGAACAACUCGCAACCCACAACAUCAUUACUUGACCAUGGCGAACCCAUAUCAAUCGCCCAGCUCAGUCCGGAUGUCCCAAGUCAAGAUCCACGAGUUAUAAUUGGCACCGUAACUAUCACAUGGCCAUUUAGCAUCCUCAACAAAUCUAUCGCAUUUCUUUUAGCUGAGCGAGACUUUCGACUCCGACGCGAGAAUGGCCAGGUGCGGAUCCGUUUCCAUGGUGCAGCCGCUAGGGCGAUCGCAGAUGCAUCGCUGGGAGCAGGGGACGAGGUUCGUGUGAGCCUGCAGGGCGUCAAGUGGGAGAAGAACGAGACACAGACUCAAGUCGCAGGAAGCACUCUUGCAUGGCAGCUCGAAUUUUCAAAUCGCUUGGUACUUGGUAUCCGUCGACCCGGAGAAGAACGAGACACAUUGCUCACUAUCGACGCCCCAGACGCAGAGACGGAAGUUGUUACCACCAACGGCCAAAUUGAGAAUACUGACCAAGUCGACACCCUCGCAUCCGUGCCCGAGCGACCUGCCACACCUACGCCUUUAUCUCCAGAAGUCACCUUGCCUCUGAAACGAACUGCUUCAUCGACUUUGGAUCCUCUUGAAUUCACUUCGCCUGCUUUCCUCAAACGAGCGCGUGUCUCUUACGGGGCAUUGUUCGAAGGAGAUAUAGACAUGUUAGAUGACGAAGUUGGCAGGACCAAAUCGAAAAAGCGCACGCGGUUCAGUCUACCUGCCAACUCUUGGCGUUACACUAGCCGAUCCCCUAGCCCUGAGCCUGAGAAUGAUCAUGAAGAGGAAGAUAAAGAGGAGUCCUAUAUGAGUAGUGUCUCGCAGCGCCAUGGCGAGACAGAAGAUACUACCACGAACACACCACCGCGACCGGCGAUGGUUGAUCAAGGUAGUCAAACAGUAUAUGUUGACUUUACUCCAAUGGCCAGUGUGCAGGUUUUGGCUGAAGCAAGACCAGCGUUUGGGUUGACACAGACGACUCCCACACCAUUUACCCGAACGAGACCGUUUGAAAGGGAUGACUCUCUUGUGAACCAGUCUUUGCCACUCACAGAAGACUCGACAACACCUCAAGGGAUGCCACAGGGGUCAGACGAAUAUUUACUGGGUCAUACCCCAAGCAACAUGAACACCGAUAUGACUUUCAGCUUCCCCCCACAGACCGUACUCUUUCCUCAGGCUACGGGUUACUUUUCGGAAGAAAAUGCUCGAAAUAUUGUAACGAAUUCGCCCAGUCUCGUUCCAAGAGAGGUAGAUUAUCCAGCUGAGUUCCUGGAGACCGAAAAUCCCCCUCAGAAUGCUGUAGAAGCUCUUGCGGGUCUCGCUGGUCAUGAACCACAGUCCUCUUUACCCCCUCAAACUCCUUUUGGUGCUGAACCAGCGUUUCACUCUACAUUCGCUGCGACUUCGCAACCGCCUGAGACUGCUUGGGCUGUGGGACUAUCCCCUGGACCCCGCUCUGUAGUUGCUAGUAGCGACGCUGAGAAUCCAGUCGAAAUCUUGAGCUCUUCGCCAUUCAGAGAACAAGGGUCGCGGGGGUCUAGUAGAGACCGCCAGUUAUCUCCCUCACGAGAGAACACGGAUAUGAACACAACCGCAAACGUAUCUCCAGAACCCACACUUGAGGAACCGGCAAGUGAAGCAGAGUAUUAUCGCGAUGGUGGUGAUGAGCCUGGCGAUGAUUACGACUUAAGGAAGUACUCCCGCACGCACGAUGACGAUGACGACAUAGAGACAUCUGAAGAGGAACCCGAUCUAAAUACCAAUGACCCUGAUACACAAACCAUGAACCCCGAUGAAGAUGACGCGGAUGGCGAUGAAGAUGUCGUAAAUCAAGAAGAAUACCUCGACGACGAAUAUCCUGACACGUAUGAGCAACGAUCCGACAUCGAAGCAGAAGAGUACGAAGGGUCGGAAGGUGAUGCGGAAGGUGAAUAUGACUCGGAUGAAUAUUAUUACUACGAUGAAGAUGGUGCAGAAGAGGAAGCAGACACCCGCCCUUCCGCUACCCUUGCUUCUAGGGAACCUAUUAUCAUCGACCUGCUUUCAGAUUCCGAAGAUGAGGAAGCGCCAGAACCAGAACCAGAACCAGAGACAACAAUGGAUGCAGAGGUCAAAAAUAAAGGCGGCAAAUCAGCACUUGGCGCAGAAGAGGCAAAAACAACACCAAUGUCCAAGAUAGAAGGAGAUUCUGAAGUCCCCAAAGCAGAUGAGAUUAUGGCUGAAGAGGAAAACCAGCGUCUGUCGCGGUUCGAUACGGACGAAGAGCCCCUGUCUUCAUUAAGCAAGGGGGAGGGGGAGGGGGAGGAAAUAGAGACACAAAGGGUUGACAGCGGCCAAAUGGGUCCAAUGAAUGAGGGCCAAGUUCCUACAUCUCAUAUUGAAGGCUCAACCAAAAAUGAAGCUCAAGUUGCCGAGGCCACCAUUUGUGCAAACAAGGUUCGGGGUGACAGCGAGAUCAUAGACAAAGCAAAGUCGCCUGUCUCUUCAACUACCCCGCGGGAGUUUCCCAUCGCAGAAGAAUUGCAACGUCAUGGUUACGAAGCUGGAAAGAAAUCAAAUCCAAUGGAAACGGAAGCAUGCGAUAUCGACAUGGGGAAUGCCCCUCCACUGCAAGGAGAAGCAAAAGCGCACGAGACAAAGGACAUUGCCUCUGCUCAAUCUGCUGAGACGAAACCGCUAGACGAGACAGCAGUUGAGCCUGAAGUGACAGUCGAAGCCAUGGACAUUGAUGAACCGCCUCGCAGGCCUACUCCAACAACGGAAAUUCUUGAGGCCAACGUUGAUACUAGCGAACAAGUAUACGCCGCGACCACGGAAGCUCCUUACGAAGCAUUAACACAUUCCCAAGAACCAUCUCAACAGCCACAAGAGACCCUAUACGAUGAUGCGAGAUCGUCGAAUUUUCGCAAAACGGUGCCGUUGUCCGGCGAGGGUCAAUCUGUGACUUUCGAGAUUCAGGAAAAUAUCGAAUCUCAGACAUCCCAAGAUCUUGAACAUUCUGAAACGCAUGAAAACAUAUCGGACCGCUUGUCAGAGGUGACAACUAAACCAGCUUCUCAAAUGGUGAAUGCCUUGUACCAAGCCGACAGGGAUGAAGUUGAGAAGGCAAGCGAUGAGGCACAGCCUGAAAAUGGUGGCCAAAUUUCCCCUCCACCAACACAGAACCCAGAAGUCCAGACCCCACCGGAAGACAGCAUCAAAUUCUCGCAUGACAGUUCUGUCGAACAUCUUCCCACUCCCGGUGGCACACAACAGGUGAUUGAGGUCGAAACAGUCGACACACUGAGUGUCGUCACUCAUGCCCACCAGAUGACGGAGGAGGAGGAUGAAGGCCCAGAGGAUCAGAUCAUGGCCGAAAUAUUACAACAAUCUCCCAUGCGAUCUGAAACACACCUUCCUACGGAUCCUGCUUUGUCCACAGUAUUGUCGCAAACCAGAUCGCCUGACCACACCGGACCGGCUGAUAGGUCGCUUAUAGGAUCUCCCCAAGACGCUGAGGCAGCAUCUGAGAUCAUUGUCGCCAAGUCUUUGCGACCUCGGCGACACAGGCCAACUAAAUCAUCAGGUGGGAAUGGCCACGACGAUCCUAGCUUGGCGUUUAUCACAGCCACACCCACCUUGAAGACCACGGACCGUGGCAGCAAGCCUAGCAGUCCAGCCACAUCAAGCAGCAAGACACGAAGUAAAACGCACCACGACGAUCCCAGCAUCCAAUUGGCAGGUGGCUCGGUGCAGGCAGAUACAAAGAACAAAGGGAAGAGAAAAGCAACCGACGAUGAGAGUAUUCACAGCGUGGACAACAAUUCGCCAGGAUCCCAGCGAGUGCUGCGUCCGAGAAAUGACCACGGUGACCCUAGCAUAUUGCUUGCUAAGGGGUCAAGUCCGUCGACUCGACAGACUAGAAGUCAAAAGACUCCAGAUCCAAAGCGAGAGACCCCUAGGCGUGAAACUCGCUCGGUAUCGCGAAGUUUUCACCGGCAGGAUGAGUCCCCGAACCUGUCGUUCGCCUCGCUUAAAUCACCUUCCAUUGCUGGCUCUACAGCGACUGUGCCUGAAGAAGAGGAUGUCAAAACUCUGAAAAUACAGCUGGUCAAAAGCCUGCGAACGAAUUUGCCCGACUUUCUGUCGCUUAAAAUGCUCAGCAGAAACUCAAUCGACAAGAUGACGGAUAUUCUUGCUGUAAUAACACAAUCACCACCACCUCCACACCGACCGAAGCACGGCCCUCGGGAUUUCAUGGUCACUUUGUGUCUCACGGAUCCGUCGACCGCGCCGACCCAGGUCCGAGUGGCCCAUAUUUUCCGGCCCCACCUAACAUCACUACCGGAUGUCGAGAGCGGGGAUGUUAUCCUCCUCCGGCGGGUCAAGGUGGUGUCAAUGAAAGGCCGUGGCUUCGGCGUCCGUUCAGAAGAUGGCUCAUCCUGGGCAGUCUCGAAAUACAACGAACGAGAGAUUCUUACACAGGUCAAGGGUCCACCUAUAGAAAUUACCCCAGAGGAGAUCGAAUACGCCAAGGGUCUGCGGCAUUGGUGGAGCCUCCAGGAUGACAACGCUAUGGGCAAGAUCGAGACGGCGUCCCGGAAGGUGACCGAGGCAGGUAAAGAGAACGCCAAAUGAGUGGACGGGCAUGAGAAGAAAUAUCGUGGAUUGGAGAACGUGGCAGGGAUCUCACGGCUCACAGAAAAAGGGCAUAAAUGCAUUGCUUUCGUGUACGUAUUUUGGAGAUUUAUAACUGACGGUGUUCUGGGAGCAAACGACGUCAACAAGCAACAUUUGACAUAAGGAAGGUUGCUAAAAGAAUCACAGCAUUCUAUAGCUAAUUAUGCCCGAUGGCUGAUGUUGUAAUUAUUUGUGUAAUUCGAUUUUUUUUUAUUGGUUUUUUUUGUGUAUCAAUACCCAAUGCAGUCACAAGCAAACAAGUGUAUCAAAUCUACUUAUGCCGAGG